CUCAACGGGUACAAUAGCGCUGCCGAGAUGUUCUCCAAAGCCUUUUUAGCGGUUCUGCUCUGCACAAGUCUGGUUCCCCUCCUCGCUCAAAAUGAUGCUGAUGUGGCUUAUGGCUCAACUUCCUGUCAAGAUAAAACGGACUGCCCAAUCAAUGUGUACUUUGUGAUUGACACUUCGGAGAGUGUUGCCCUACAGACAAUGCCCAUCCAGAGUCUCAUUGAUCACAUCAAGUUGUUUAUCCCUGAAUUCAUUACUCGACUAGAGAAUGAACUUUACCAGAACCAAGUGUCAAUCACUUGGCAAUUUGGGGGACUUCACUUUUCUGAUAUAGUGAAGAUUUACAGCGAAUUCACCAACAGCAAGGAAAUAUACUUAAAUCGGUUGAACAACGUUCAGUACAUUGGCCGAGGCACUUUUACCGAUUGUGCUCUCUCCAACAUGACGGAACAGAUACUCACCAAGGCAGCUCAGGGAGUGAAUUAUGCAGUUGUAAUCACUGACGGUCACGUGACGGGGAGUCCCUGUGGAGGGAUGAAGAUGCAGGCAGAACGAGCACGAGACGCAGGGAUCAAACUCUUUGCAGUGGCCCCGAGCCAGAAUAUCUACGAACAAGGGCUCCGAGAGAUUGCCAACUCCCCGCACGAACUUUACCGUAACAACUACGCUACUACAGUGAAGGAUACCAUUGAAGUUGAUGUGGACACCAUUAAUAGGAUCAUCCAAGUUAUGAAACAUGAAGCCUACGGCGAGUGUUACAAAAUGCGCUGCCUAGAAAUUGAAGGCCCCCUGGGUCCCAAGGGUUUCCGAGGACAAAAGGGUGCGAAAGGUAACAUGGGAGCCCCGGGACUGCCUGGAACGAAAGGUCGACAGGGUGACCCAGGAAUUGAAGGCCCCAUUGGACAUCCUGGCCCGAAGGGAAUUCAUGGGCUAAAAGGAGAAAAGGGUGAAUUUGGAGGAGAUGGACGAAAGGGCGCCAGUGGCUUAGCCGGAAGGAACGGCACAGAUGGACAGAAGGGCAAGCUCGGCCGUAUCGGUGCUCCUGGCUGUAAGGGCGACCCUGGCGACAGGGGUCUCGAUGGCUAUUCUGGAGAUGCAGGGGAACAAGGACCACCGGGUGAACCAGGUGUAAAGGGUUAUCCUGGCCGACCUGGCCGUAGUGGACCACCAGGGUCUUCUGGAGAAAGAGGAGGCAGGGGACCGAAAGGCAGCAAUGGAGCCCCUGGAAGUCCUGGUAUCAAGGGAGUCAGAGGCGGUCCGGGAACACCCGGCCCCAAAGGAGAACCCGGCCGUCGAGGUGACCCCGGCACAAAGGGGAGCCCAGCAGAACCUGGAUCCAAAGGAGAGAGGGGUGACCCUGGUCCUGAGGGGCCACGAGGGCUGGCAGGAGAAGUUGGAAACAAAGGAGGAAGGGGGGAAAGAGGGCUACCUGGCCCACGCGGACCUCAAGGCGCAGUAGGAGAGCAGGGCAAGCCCGGCUCACGAGGGGAUUCCGGUGAUGCAGGUCCCCGGGGCGACUCAGGCCUUCCAGGACCAAAGGGAGACCGAGGAAGGCCUGGCUUUAACUAUCCUGGGCCUAGAGGAAUCCCGGGUGAGAGAGGCGAGAAGGGUGUCCAAGGGCUGGAGGGUGGAAGAGGGGACUUUGGACUGAAAGGCCCCCCAGGACGAAAAGGCGAGAAAGGGGACCCUGCUGAUGCUGGUCCAGAAGGCGAGCCUGGGCCCAGAGGACCACCUGGUGAACCUGGCCCGGAGGGAGGCCCGGGUUCUGCUGGAGAUCCUGGACUAACAGAUUGUGAUGUGAUGACCUACAUUCGAGAGACCUGUGGCUGUUGUGACUGCGAGAAGCGCUGUGGCCCCUUGGACAUAGUCUUCAUCAUAGACAGUUCAGAGAGUAUUGGCUACACCAAUUUCUCCCUGGAGAAGAACUUUGUCAUCAAUGUCGUGAGCAGACUUGGUUCCAUUGCAAAAGAUCCUAAAUCAGAAACAGGGGCCCGGGUCGGGGUGGUGCAGUACAGCCACGAGGGCACCUUCGAAGCCAUCCAGCUUAACGACGAGCGCAUCGACUCCCUCUCCAGUUUCAAAGAGGCGGUGAAGAGGCUGGAGUGGAUUGCAGGAGGCACCUGGACACUCUCCGCUCUUCAGUUUGCCUACAACAAGCUCAUCAAAGAAAGCCGCCGGGAGAAAGCCCGAGUCGUCGCAGUGGUGGUGACUGAUGGGCGCCAUGACCCACGGGACAACGACUCCCACUUACAGGCUCUCUGUGGCGGGGAUGUCACCGUCAAUGCUAUCGGGAUAGGGGACAUGUUCCACAAGGCACAGGAGGACGAGACCCUGACGUCCAUCGCCUGCGACGAUGCCGGGAGAGUCCAGAAGAUGAAGCUGUUUACGGAGCUGGUGGCUGAAGAGUUCAUUGACAAGAUGGAGUUCGAACUCUGCCCAGAUCCUCAGAUUGUUUGUCCUGAACUGCCCUGCCAAACAGGUGGGAGGAACCCUGGGAUCGAAAACCCAGUUACUUCCCGCCCAAUGGAAGAGGGAGUCAAGAUAACUUUUCCCAGCAGCAAACCCAUGAUCGCCCAGUUCCUGAACUCCACGUGGGAGGUCCAGGACCCCACUACGUACACCCAGCUGGUGGCCGUCUUGGCCUAUACAGCCGAAAAAGCCAAGUUUGCCACGGGACAUGAGCGGCAGGAGUGGAUGGACUUGUUCAUUGAUACUUUUAAAAUGGUGCACAGAGAGAUUAUGGGGGAUCCAGAGACUGUAAUAGGCCUUUGUUAAGAUUGCUUCUGUGCUUCUUGCUUGUGCAGCAUAAAGCUAGCCAGAAGGGCUACGGGACUUGUAGAAACCUUCCUGGGACUGCCGUUAGUGCUAGACAAUCACAGCGUUGGAAGCUUCUAGAAUAGGAACAUGGCGAAGAGUUUAUCUCACGGCUUGGAUUCAGUCGGACCAGUGCACUGGAUCUUUCUAGAAGAUAAAUCAAGCUGCUAUAGUUUUAGAAAAUGAAAGCAUAGGGGCAGGAAGGCAUUUCGCUCCUUCCCUGGAAUUCAAGCGCUGCUAAAGAACUUGUGCGUUCUCUGAAGGACCCAACACAAGAUGGGGAGGGGGGGAAGUAUAAGGGUCAGUAUUAGUUCUUCGUCUUCCCUGGGCAGCCUCAUAGAUGGAGGUUGGAAUUAGGAGACUGGCGUGGGGGCACAUUAAUGGUGCUUCAUGGUGGCUCUGUUCAUGUGGCCACAUCAGCCGUUCCCACAAACGUACCUGCUUUUCACUACUUUGGAUUUCCAAGUGGUUGUAGGAGCACUUGACUUACGACAUACUUGCCCAAGACUGCUUUUCCACACUCUCUUUCGUCUCUUUCUAUCCGGAAUCAGCAACAUUAGCAGUAUGGAUGCCUUCAACUGGUCUUUUGGAGUUACAGGCAGAGCAAUAAUGUAACAGCUACGUGUGUUCAUUACUGCCUGUAAAUUGCUGGCUGUCUUAGAGUCUCUCUACUCAUUACGAAGUUCCUAGGGAUGCUCUAGUGAACCUCAUUUCACAUGUCCCCCCUCCAGAUUUCCAUGCACUCGCUCGCACUGUCACACUUCAAUUUGCUCCACGUAAAUUCAUUCACGCGUUUGAUAUCAACUGCUAAAGGUAUCCCAGUUCCCCCCACAUCCAUUCAUUGAAUUGCAGAUCUUGACAGUUUCUCACACCAUACAGAAAUGCAAAUUGGCAAUUCAAAGAAGGCUACAGUACUUGUUCUCACAGCAAAAACAGAGCUGAAUUGGCACUCUGCCCUCCGCAUUCAUGUGCGCAGAACAAGAACAGCCUGCAUGUGAAUUGAAGACUACAUGUACAAUCCUGCACUUGAGUGUCCCCAGGUACUUAGUACCAUGCAGAGAGGCUCUUAAUGUCAGCCUGUUUUAACUGCAUGGGCUGUUCUAGCUAAUCAAUGGAAACUUAGUCCUGUAUAUGAUGCCAAGGGUGAUGACAGAUGUAACAUUUUAAGUUGCUGCGGAAGUGGUUUUGAACACACAUUUGUUGCCUUCCAAGGCAUUUGUUUUCAGGGCAGAAUAUGUGUAUUCAAUUGAACCGCCCCCACACCUAGAAUACGUCUUGCUGCCCUCAUGCUAAAGUUCUCGGAGGUCUUUAGUGCUUUUAAAAUUCAAAAUUCCCACCCAAGUCUCCUGGAUCCAAGCCCAGCUCCGAAUCUGCUGAAACAGGGAAUUCGGGGAAACAAUAGAAAGCCUUAAGGAGUGCACUUAAGUCUGCUGGCUAUUCUGUUUGUAUAGAUGGAUGCUCCCGUUUUGCACAUUCUUGUUGUCCUAGCUAGCUAAUAGCAUCCAGUGGAAGCAAUAACCCAGUGGUUAUUAUUGUAAUGCAUAACAUAAAAGAAAGAUUUAGGUUUGUGGGUGCUAAACUUCUCCAUGGAGGAUUUAUACCCUGGGAACUAGAGAUGGCAGGUCCAUUUAGCCUUGGGUAGGGUAAAUACAGGCCGGCAGGCAGAGUCCGCCAAAGAAAGCCAUUAAGAAUUAGGCUAACUCGGAUAUUAGCAGUUUGCAGCAGUGUUGCCUGUCGUUGUAGCAAAUGUAUAUUUUUGCACCGUAUAGCAAAAGUAACCCCUUGACGGGGCUGUUAAUCUAUCCCUUCUACAAGAAUAAUAUAUAAUACAUGGGGAAGUUGGAAGUGACAGAUGCGUCAGCCAAAAUCUUUCACCAGCAAUUCAGACAAGCAGUCUGUUCUCUAACUACAGCUGAUUUUGCGAGUGUUGGGGAAGCAAGUAGAAGGAGAGUGAGUGAAGGGAUCCGGUCAACAAUGGGUUUCCUAGCCAUCAGUCCUGGAAGACACCCCAGUGGGUCAUGGCUCAGCAUCCAUAGCUUGAGAGACAACCUAAUUUCACUUGACUCCCUAUCUCUACUCGGAGAUUCCAAAAUGCAGUAUUGGCUCUCUGAAUCCACUCUCAUCAUCAACACAACCUUUCUCUGUGUGUAUUGUGUGUAUUUCUUCCACUACCUCUGCUAGAUGAGGAUGGACUCAGAAAUAAAAUUCAUGCACCUUCCCCUCUGUGCACACACAAACACGGCGUGACUUUUCCCCAGCAACUGUGCCAGUCUUCUGGUUGCAGUCGGACAUGCCAUUUGAAUGCUUGAAUGGUGCAUGCCUUUCUAUCAGAACGUGUGUCGAACCAUUUGUGAGACUGGGGAUCCACCUGGCCCUUUCCCCCUUUUUAAAGAAUACCUCCUCUUGUAGUUGUCGGAGCUGUGGCUUAAGCAUGAGCUGACUCGCGAGGUGCAAGCUGCUUGGCGCAAAUCUGUUGUAGAUGAUGCCUAUGACAUAGAAUGCUGUGGGCGUGUACAAGGCAGUGCUGAUGGUGUACCUUGUUUUGUAUAAAGUAUAUGAGAAGAAACCAUAAUUUCCUAUUAAACUUUUAAUGAGAAGAGA